AUCAUCGCUCUCUCUCUCUCUCUCAAGUAAAGCCAUGAAUGCGCCAGCCGCCAUGGCGCAGGGGCCAAGCAAGGACGACGCCGAACAGAGACUCGCCAGAGAAAGCGAGCUAUACAACGCUCUGAUGAUGGGAGAAGAGGACAAGGUGGUAAUUGAGAUGUGCAAGCGCAUCCCGGAGGGCCCAUUCCACAGCCUCACCGUCCACCACGACACCGUCCUCCACGUCGCCACCUACUCCAAGCGCAGCGACCUCGUCAUCCGUCUGCUCCAGAAGUUCGCCGACGGCGCCGAUCCCGCCUUGCUGACCCUCCAGAAUGACGUCGGAAACACCGUGCUUCACGAAGUGGCCACCACCAGGGCUGCCGCCGCCGCCGAGAUUAUGCUGGCAAAGGCUCCCAAGUUGCUGAGGGUGGCCAACCUACUAGGGGAAACCGCGCUCUUCCGGGCCGUCCGGUAUGGAAAGAACGAGAUGUUUGAGUUUUUAGCGGCGAGGGUGGCUGAAGCCGCCGCCGAAAAGAAUGGGGAAUUUGAUCUCAGACGCCACCUUCAGAGGGCCGACAGGACCACCAUCCUUCACAUGGCUAUUCUUGCUGAACACUUCGACUUGGCCUAUUUGAUAGCAAGCAAAUAUGAGUAUCUAAUUGAGGAAGAGGAUGGAGAUCGUAUGACAAGCCUUCAACUCUUAGCAUGUAAUGCUAAAGCAUUCAAAAGUUCCAUGAAGCAAGGUUUCCUAAAGCAACUCAUCUACACUAGAGUCUCAACUGAUGAUCCAACUCAACGAAACAACAAGGGGCCAAGUACGCAAGUUAACAAGUGGAAAUCCGUAAAAUCAUGUUGCAAAUUGCCCAUGCUUGAAGUCAUUAGAAAGGAAAAACAAAGGCAUGAUUCAGCAUUGAGACUAGCCAAGCUUCUAAUAGCAAAAGACAAGUCAUGGGAAAAAACAUCCCCUCUAAUAGAUUGGUCCAAGCCCAGGACACACAAAUUUGGGAAAGUUCCAACAGGAGGCCCCAUCAAAGUAGCUGAAACAAUGUCCAGUGUAAAUGCAUCACCGACCAAAGGAGAAGGGUUCUCAAACCCAAUGCAUCAUUCCCCUACUCAAUUGCAGUACAAAGAAGAAGAAGAAGAAGAAGAAGAAGAAGAAGGCUCAGGCCAAAGUAGUAUUGUGCGAAAUGGUAACUCUGCAUUGAUUUUGGCAACAAGGUCAGGUUGUGUAGAGAUUGUGGAAGAAAUCCUAACAAAGUACCCUCAAGCUGUGGAACAUAUUAACGCCAAGGGAAGGAAUGUGUUGCAUGUAGCCAUUAGACACCGACAAGUGAAGGUUUUAGACCUUUUGGAGAGGAUGGAAACACGGAUGAGGAGGCUCAUAAGGAAGAUUGACAACCAAGGGAACUCUAUUCUGCAUAUGGUUGGUAUGAAAAUGAAAGAACAUAUGGAGGAGAAUACCCAGAGCCCUGCACUCCAAUUGCAACAAGAGUUGCACCUAUUUGAGCGUGUGAAGCAAAUCUCAACAGUGCAUUUCAUCAAACACUACAACUCCAACGAGCAAACUGCAGAAGAGCUAUUCAUUGCCAACAAAAAGGACCUUCAUAAGGAAGCUAGAGAAUGGUUGAAGAGAACCUCAGAAAACUGCAUUAUUGUGGCAGUUCUCAUGGCCACUGUGGCCUUUGCUGCUGCCUAUACCAUUCCUGGUGGCCCAAACCAAAGCACCGGCCUCCCCAUUCUCCUUUACCAGCCAUUCUUUGUGGUCUUCACCCUCACUGACGUCUUGUCCCUCAUGUUCUCCCUGACCUCAGUUAUCACCUUUCUCUCCAUCCUCACCUCGCCAAUUCGACUCCAAGAUUUCAAGCAAUCCCUCCCCCAGAAGCUAAUGUUGGGAUUCACGUUUCUACUCCUCUCAGUGUCCAUGAUGAUGGUGGCAUUUGCAGCUACUGUCAUCCUCAUGAUCCGUAACAAAGAAAGAUGGACUAAAAUUGCAUUGUAUUCAAUGGCAUUCCUUCCUGUGACCAUCUUUGUGCUGUCCUAUCUUCCACUCUACUUGUCCUUGAUGAAAACUUUCAUGUACAUGGUCAGGAAGAUUGGGGACGCUUGUCCUCGAUUCGAUCACAUACCUAUUCCAAAUUUUAUCUUCAACUUGUUCAAAUGCCGAAAACCCCAAUUUCCCACAAUCUCCUCCAAGCAUCAACAUUCUCAAACCAAUUCCACACAGCUUUCAUCACCUAAAAUGAAUCCCGUUUGAGUUAAAACUAAAAAUGGAAUACCAUGUAAUACCAUUCUAGCAUCGUACUCUUCCCAACACACCAUUUUCUCUAGCAUCAAAGUCGCAUACUCUUAAUAACUUGUAAAUGUAGGUGGGACUUGUUCUGUUAUAGUUAAAUAAAGACAUCAACCCCUUAUUUUGCAAAAA